AGCCAAAACAACUUUUUCGGUUCCCAUACGUCGAAAAUAUAUUAGUAAUACUAGACCUCUCUACUUGCUAAGCAUACAUUUGUGAGACACUCUCUCUCUUCUCUCUUGUUAGUUGACUCCCUGCUCCUUUUUUUCCUCAACAGAUUAAAAAACAGGGAGAAUUGAUCAAGCAUGGCUCAAAUACUUGCACCUAACAUGCAAUGUCAGAUGAAACUAUCAAAGAGCUUGACAAACUCAAUGAUACCAAACUCUUGGACCUCCAUAUUACUGAAAGGAAGUCAAAAGGGAUCAAUUAAGUGCUCUACGAAGUUUAAAGUAUGUGCCGCUCUCAAGACUGAACAUGGCACUGUGAACAGGAUGGAGCAAUUACUCAAUUUGGAUGUCACUCCAUUUACUGACAAGAUUAUUGCAGAAUACAUUUGGAUUGGAGGAUCUGGGAUUGAUCUUCGUAGCAAAUCGAGGACACUAUCACGACCUGUUGAGGACCCAUCUGAGCUUCCCAAGUGGAACUAUGAUGGGUCAAGCACAGGACAAGCACCUGGAGAAGACAGUGAAGUAAUCUUAUACCCCCAAGCAAUUUUUAAGGAUCCAUUCCGUGGUGGUAACAAUAUUUUGGUAAUAUGUGACGCAUACACACCAGCAGGUGAGCCGAUCCCAACGAAUAAACGACACAAAGCUGCCGAGAUCUUCAGCAACCCAAAGGUUGCUUCUGAGGUUCCAUGGUUUGGAAUAGAGCAAGAAUACACGCUGCUUCAACCAAAUGUUCAAUGGCCCUUGGGAUGGCCUGUCGGAGCCUAUCCUGGUCCCCAGGGACCAUAUUACUGUGGUGUUGGUGCUGAUAAAUCGUUUGGACGUGACAUAUCUGAUGCUCAUUAUAAAGCUUGCCUGUAUGCUGGAAUAAACAUAAGUGGCACCAACGGGGAGGUCAUGCCUGGCCAGUGGGAAUUUCAGGUUGGUCCUAGUGUUGGGAUUGAAGCUGGAGAUCAUAUCUGGUGUGCCAGAUAUCUUCUUGAGAGAAUCACUGAGCAAGCUGGUGUAGUUUUGACACUUGAUCCGAAGCCAAUUGAGGGUGAUUGGAACGGCGCAGGUUGCCAUACCAAUUACAGUACAAAGACAAUGAGAGAAGACGGUGGUUUUGAAGUAAUAAAGAAGGCCAUUUUGAAUCUAUCAUUACGCCAUAAAGAACAUAUCAGUGCAUAUGGAGAAGGGAAUGAAAGAAGACUGACAGGGAAGCAUGAGACUGCCGACAUCGACACAUUCUCUUGGGGUGUCGCCAAUCGUGGUUGUUCAAUCCGUGUGGGUCGUGAUACGGAGAAGGAAGGCAAAGGUUACAUGGAAGACAGGCGACCUGCUUCAAACAUGGACCCUUACGUGGUAACAGGUUUGCUAGCAGAGUCAACACUACUUUGGGAACCCACACUCGAAGCUGAGGCACUUGCAGCUCAAAGACUCUCUCUCAAUGUGUAAUUCAAUCAUAAGCAAACUCUAGUAGUUGGACGGGCCAUGAUUGUUUUUUUUUAUUGACUGAAAAUCUAAUAUUAUUUUACGGGCCCAAAACUUCCAUGUUCUAUUCUAUUCUGUAGAUUCUAGUAUUUCCUUGCUUCUGUUUGUUGGGAGUUAUGAGGAGAAAACUCUACUACCAAACAGUUUGGUAUUAAAUAAUGAUGUGUUCUGCCCCA